GAGAGAGACGCGGAAGCGCAAAGAGGCGCCGGAGAGCGCGCGGACAGGAGCUCCGUUCACUCCUCAGCUCUUCACUUCUUCUUCGGACCAAUCGAUCAACCGAUCGCUCCAUCAGUCAAUCAGGAAGGGGACCUUCCAGUCGCCUCCUCAUCUUCUCAUGGAUCCUCCUGUCUGAAGACCCGUUGCUUUAAUUUCUCUCGUUUUCUGGAGAGCGCGCGCGCACACUCACACACGCACACGCACACGCACAUCCUCGGGGCUCUAUAUGGAUCCACUCCGAAGAUGAGCCUCCUCUCCGUGUUCCCCUGGAGCAGAGUCCUUCUCCUCCUCCUCCUCCUCAUCUUCAUCAUCCUCGCCGGCUGCUGGCUCCCUCAGUGCGCAGCUGCGCAGUGUGCGGGAGCCAAGGAGCCGUGCAGCGACACCACCACCUGUGUCCCAGACGAGGACGGCGGGGGAGACGGCAGAGACCCGUGUUGCCCGGAACCCUGCCAAAACGGCGGAACCUGCCAGCACACCUCCUCCAAGGGCUAUAGGUGUGACUGUCCGUCAGGUUUCGCUGGCGCCAAAUGCGAGACCGACACGGACGACUGCGCCGAGCACGGCUGCCAGAACGGCGGCACCUGCCUCGACGGCGUCAACGGCUCCGGCUGCCAGUGCCGGUCUGGAUGGACAGGGCGGCGUUGUACGGACGAUGUGGACGAGUGCGUGCUGUUCCCCGACCUCUGCCAGAACGGGGGAACUUGCGUCAACAAAAAUGGCACCUACAGCUGCUUAUGUGUCAAUGGGUGGGCGGAGCCAAACUGCUCGACGAACAUCGACGACUGUGCGAACGCACCCUGUGAGGCCGGGUCCACCUGCGUCGACCGCGUGGCCUCCUUCACCUGCGAGUGCCCCUACGGCAAGACGGGGUUGCUCUGCAAUCUCACCGACUCUUGCGUGAGCAGCCCGUGUCGCGGCAGCUCGACGUGCGAAUCCAACUUCGAUGGCAGUUUCGGAUGCAUUUGCCCCAAGGGCCUCAAAGGGGAUCUGUGCGACCAGGACAUCGACGAGUGCGCCGCGGGAGAAAACCCCUGUGAACGUGGUGGCAAGUGCGUAAACAUACAUGGCUCCUUCACCUGCAUAUGCCCCCAGGGCCAAACAGGUCAACGGUGCGAGAAUUCUGAUGACCGGUGCCUCCAAUCACCGUGCCUCAACGGUGCCACCUGCAUGAACACGGAAAGCGAGUACAAUUGUCUCUGCAAGUCUGGAUUCAGCGGUAAACACUGUGAAACCAAGGUGGAUGUGUGUGCGAGUUCCCCCUGCAUGAACAGAGGCCGCUGCCGGGACUGGGGGAGCUACUUCACCUGCGAGUGCCACCCAGGAUUCUUGGGGCGUCGAUGUGAGAAGAACAUGAGCAAAUGUGAGCCCAACCCAUGUGGGAAGGGCUCGUGCACGGAGGGCACGGAGGGCAACACGGGCUACACCUGCCAAUGUCCGGAAGGGUUGACAGGCCCACACUGCGACUCCACCAUGGACCCCUGUCUUUCCCAUCCAUGCCACGCCGGUGCCAUCUGCUCCAUGAACACAAGUGCACCGGAGGGCUACACCUGUGCCUGCCAGCCUGGCUCCUCUGGGCCGCGCUGCGGGCGGCCGGAACCGGGCCCGUGCGCCCGGGACGGAGGCGACUGCUCCCUGGGCUGGCGGCCGUGGCGGGACUGCCCGCCCGAGCGGCGUUGCUGGGAGCUGAUCCACAACGGCCGCUGCGACUCCCAGUGCAACGUGGCCGAGUGCCUCUUCGACGGGUUCGAGUGCCGGCCGGCCGCGACCCCCUGCAGGUACGAGAAGUACUGCGCCGACUACUUCGCCAGUGGCCACUGCGACCAGGGCUGCAACACGAAGGAGUGCGGCUGGGACGGGCUCGACUGCGCGCACGACGUGUCCUCGCGCCUGGCGCCCGGCUGGCUGGUGCUCGUGGUGCGGGCGCCUCCGGAGGAGCUGCUCAGGGACCGCAAGAGGCUGCUGCGCGAGCUGGGAGCGCUGCUGCGCGCGAACGUUCGCGUGCGACUCGACGACCAGAACCAGCCCAUGAUCUACCCCCACCGCGACCCCCAGCAGGGCAAAGCCGUGCUCCCGCAGAAGCCGGACGCGAAGGCGCCGUGGUCCAAGGUGUACCUGGAGGUCAUCAACCACGAGUGCUCCGCGCAGAGCGAGGACAUCUGUUUCCUUACGGCCGAGCAGGCGGCCUCCUUCAUCGCGGCCAAGUACCAGGACACGCCGCUCUCCUUCCCCAUCUACUCGGUGAAAGGUGUUCCUCAGGAGCCCGCGGCGCAGGUGAACCUGUUCUACCUGGUUGCCGUCGGGGUGCUGAUUCUGCUCCUGGUGCUCGGCGCUCUGGCCGCCAAGCGGAGGCGCAAACACGGCGCGCUCUGGCUGCCGGAGGGCUUCCUCAUCAAGGGCUCGCGGCGCCGUGAGCCCGUGGGCCAGGACGAGCUGGACCUGACAGACAUCAUGAAGCCCAAGGAGGGAGCCGUGGUGCACACCGACGAGGAGCAGGCCUGGCUGCAGCCCAAGAAGCCAAAGAUGGAGGAAAAAACCCUACUGCCCAAUGGAAGUGACAGCAGGGGUGCUGGUGAUGACCCCCGAGACUGGACCCCCCAGCACUGGAAAGCUGCCGACCUUGCCCUGAUGCCCCCCCAGGCGCAGAUGGAGGUCGACUGCCUGGAUGUCAAUGUCAGAGGCCCAGAUGGUUUGACCCCGCUGAUGUUGGCCUCGCUGCGCCAAGGAGCGAGUCCGGACUGCGAUAGCUCGCUGGGGGCGGAGCUGGAGGAGGGGGGUGGGGCCCAGGAGCCGGGGCCCGACAUCAUCUCGGACCUGGUGGCCCUGGGCGCCAUGCUGCAGGCUCGGACCGAGGCCACGGGGGAGACGGCCCUGCACUUGGCCGCACGCUUCUCCCGUGCUGACGCCACCAAGCGGCUGCUGGACGCGGGAGCGGACGCCAAUGCGCGCGACCACGCGGGGCGCACCCCGCUCCACACUGCCGUGGCGGCGGAUGCACAGGGCGUGUUCCAGAUCCUGAUCCGGAACCGCGCCACGGAUUUGAACGCGCGCAUGAACGACGGGACCACGGCCACCAUCCUGGCGACGCGGCUGGCCGUGGAGGGCAUGGUGCAGCAGCUGGUGCACUGCCACGCCGACGUCAACGCCGUGGACAAUCACGGAAAGUCUGCUCUUCACUGGGCUGCAGCAGUGAACAACGUGGAAGCCGCCCUGGUGCUGGUGAAGAACGGCGCCAACAGGGACCUGCAGAACAACAAGGAGGAGACGCCCCUGUUCCUGGCAGCUCGCGAGGGCAGCUUCGACGUGGCCCGGAUCCUGCUGGACCACUGCUGCAGCCGGGAGAUUGCAGACCACCUGGACCGCCUGCCUCGCGACAUCGCCCGGGAGCGCAUGCACCACGACAUCGUGCAGCUGCUUGACCACUACAACCUGGCACCCAGCCCGCACGUGGAGCAUGACCGCUUGGCCGGGGAUCCUCCCCACGCCCCGCGCCACGCACCCUUGGGCUGCAGUAAUGUACUUUCCAACUUGCGUCCGGGACCUCAGGCGAAAAAGAGCAGGCGGGGCGGUGGCGGGAGGGCGGCAGGGGAGCGACCGGGCAAGGAGGCGAAGGAUCCGAAGGCAAAGCGCAGGAAGAGGACGGCCGAAGCUGCCCCAGGGGGAAAGCCAGGAGGUGGCAGCGCCCCAGCUGGCGAGGGGCUGUCCGGUGAAGGUUCGGGCACUCUCUCGCCCCCUGACUCCCUGGAGUCUCCGCACGCAUUUGCAGCGGAUGGAGCCGCCGGCUCCCAGUCAGUCACCUCCCCCUUGCCACUGGCCACACCUCGCAUCAACAGGCCCCUCCUACCACCUUUCAGUCAAGUGCUGGUGAGGCAGCAGCAGGUCUGCUGGACGAAGCAGGGUGCCCACGGUUACAGGCCCCGCCCGGCAGGCAUUUUGCCGCGGCACUUUGGGGUCUCGCAGCCUGCGGUCGCCCAGUGUUACCAGGAGAGCCACCUUGCCCCAAUGCCCCCUGCCUUGGCCUACCAGAUGAUGGCGCGGGAGAUGGACCGGGGGCAGGAGGAGGUGCUGUACCACCCUCAGCAGGGAACCUCAAUCCCGCAAUGCAUCUCAGCCAGGACUUUUCCACUGUCUACUCUGGGGGGCGCCGACGAGUCUCCUCUCACCUGCAGCCUCGGCCUGGGAGGCACAGCGCUCUGUCCGUCUCUGCAUCGCCACGAGGGGCGCGUGGAGAAGUACCCAGAGCUCGUGUCCCAGUGCAGCUACCCAUCAGGCCGACUGGAGGGCGCCGCCCCUUCUGUCAGGCCACGCCCCCCUGCUGAGCACCCUUAUCUCACUCCCUCGCCAGAGUCCUUGGACCCCUGGUCCUGCUCUUCCUCUCCCUCGUCCCACUCCAACUCGGACUGGUCCGAGGUCACCGCCAGUCCCGUGUGCCACGCCCACAUGCCCAACCCACCCCACCCCCAGCAGCCUCCUCACAGCAGCAUGCACACACACUCGUAGAGACCCCUCCCCUCGCCCAGCUGGCCCAGGUACGAGCCGAUGUCGUCAGUCCAGUUCCAACCGCGACGACCACACGUAUCGGCAGAAAGCACUAAAGGAGCUAGAUGUUCUCCAACUGCUCCAGCAGGGGGCGCUCUACAGGCUUUAUCCCCCCCGUUCUCUGGAUAUUCCUCGCAUUUGUCUGUCGAGACUGGGAAACGCGGCCGAGAAGCGUGAACCUUUCAGCAUCUUUCCUCCAAGAAGUGAGCGCGGGACAUUAGAGGCGCGUUGCGGACCAACGAGAGCUGAAUGUCCAUCCGUGCAGCGCCGCAGCUCCACUCCCUCUGUGGACACGUCUCCGCCUUCACCGUUAUUACAUGCGUGUAUUCGGAGGCUCUCGGCGCUGACGGUUCAAACGUUGCUGUUGUUGCGACUGAUCUAAUGUCUCGGCGCGAAGCGCAUCUGCGUUAUUUGGAUGUUUACACGUUACGGUGCUGGUUUCCGGAAACACGGCUCCUCAGACGUGUCCCUCUGCGUUUGACCCAGUCGACGUCCUCGUUACUUAUUCUUCGUCCCUCACUGGGCUUUUCACUGAAUUCUCACUGUAAUUAAUCCUGUUCUUAUUGUUCUAGAUUUCUCCGAAAGGACACGUUCGGAGGUGUGUGUCAGAGCUCUUUUUACCCUGUACAGUAAUAUUGCUGUAUGGUGAUCAGGACAGUACUGUACAUCACUGAGUGCAUCAUUAUAUUAAUGUAUGUAUGAAGCUUAGAAUUAGAUCAUUUAGUGCAAACGUGUUACAGUAGAAGGUGUGCGCUGAGCUAAGACAGGUGAGUUCAGGUAAUUCCUCAGGCCUCACGUCACAGGAUCCCGCUGCAGCUGCUUAUGAAAUAUAUAGCGGCCUGUUAUUCGCACUGAGCUCCUGUCACACUAAAAAUUUCAGCCAGUCACGAGCCUCGAUUAAGGUGAAUAUGAGAUCGUCGGUGAAAUGCUGUUUUACAGCUCUCAGCCACGUAGUCAUUCAUCCAUGCGUAGAGCGGGGUAAUUUUUACUGUGUCACUUACUGAGUUGCAAUUACACCGAUUCCUCGCACAACACGGUUGUCUUGUGUUGCGUUACCGUAGUGCUUGCAGCAUCUGGGUAACAGGUUAAUGAAACUGAACCGAAGCUCAUAUACGAAGCUGGCUGGAGAAAUACAUUUAUAUUGACAUUUAUUCAUUUAUUCCUUUAGCUGAUGCUUCUCUCCAAAGCGCCUUACAGUAUUAAGGUACCUUCAGCUUUUCACCCAUUAAUAUUGCUGAGUAAUUCUACUGCAGCAAUUUAGGGCAAAUACCUUGUUCAGCGGUACGACCGCAGCGCAUCGGACCGGACGUACUGUAUUACGGCUCUCCUGAGUUUACUGUAAAUACCCUGUUUACCACUAAAUCUAAACAUAAUGCUUGAUGGCAGAUGGGACAUGAGCUGUGCGUGCGUGUGUGUGUGUGUAGGACUAGCAUGGGGACGCAUGUUAUGUGAGACACACUUUGUAUUCUACUUUCUUUUUGCUCUUUCCUUGUGUCUUUUGGCUUCCGCGUCACACGCAGUCGCAGUGAUUUCUCUUCUAAACUCAAGAACAGAAGAGGGGACGUCGCGGUAAAGCGAAGCCCUUGAACGAAACUCAAACACAUCAGCAAACCGUGUUUUUUUCUCAGCGGUCCUCUUCUGUCCCGCAAGGGUUAUACAGCCGGAUUCUACGGUAUCGUGUUCCACUUUCUGAAAAUACGAAAUAUAACAACAGUGAGAAUAAACACUUUUAUUCCAUAAUAAAAAUCGUUAACCCCGAAUGCAGCCUGAGUAUUCGUGUUUUUCUCCAGAACACCAGCACUGUGCUUGUACCGCGUUUGACGGAUCGAGAGCAAAACAGACACUAUCGAAAUAACAGAAAAUGCCCAAAAGAGGCUCCUGUCGAGCAGCUGGAAUCUCCGGAACAUCCGGUUCCCCGAGCCCCGCGUCUGCCGUCCUGCACCUGCUCAAGGUUCGAGACCCAACGGUCGCGGAAGAAAUUUUUCCUCUUUCCCGUUCAGCCGUGGACUACUUGUCCCGCUUCGUCAAGUCGCAACACGUUCCUAGUGUACGUUGUAUUCUUUAAACGUGUAUAAUCACGAAAGCUCACGCUCAUGUCGUGUUUAGCUCACAUUUAACCCCACGCACUUGCACAGCUCAGUUAAAUGCGUUUCACUCCUUUUUCACCGGUCUUAUACUUUUGUUUGCCUGUUUUGCAUCAUUCUUGUCUUUGCUCACCCAUGACGUGACACAUGAGGGCGGACGAAAGCGGAAUCGUCUGCGUUAAACCUCCCGGCCAGCAGCGGGCGCUGAAGGGCGAGCGCCGAACGCCCUCCGCGAUCGGCAGCUUUCUGGGAAAGGGACGCCGUCCCUUGAUCUGCCAUGAGACGGAAGCCACGGGACAUCGGGCGGAAAGAGAGGAGGAUGUCGGGACGCAUCCCAUCACACGCACACACACGGCGAGGGGCUCACGGGACACGACUGUCCCAACUGGCAGAUUUGACAGACGCGCACACGUGGACGUGGACCUGUCGUGAUCGACACGCGCCGAUCGGCGCAUUUGCCCCACAGCUUCGCCGACUCGUUCCGCUCGCCGGGGGGCGACCGUCCCGCCGGACACGCUUUCUCAUCGGCUUGUUCCCCACCCUCGCACGCACGCACGCACGCACGCACGUGGACGAACCCAUAGGGACCCGCAGGUGCUCACCGGCCCAUCUGACACGUGGCACUCGGCGUGUUUGCUCGUUUGCUCGUUUGCUCGCGCACAUGUAGAUCGGCCCGGUUGACACCAUCCCGGAGAUUUUCGCGUGACCCACAUGCCACUUCCUGCUCGCCGCCGCCCUUCCGGGUGGAUGAUACAGGACGGUAAACUCGUUGGACCGGUGCUGUCCUGCUCCGACAGCAAGCGGAGGUAUUUCGUCACAGUGAGGGCAAUCUGACCGGCACCCCGCUCCAGGAUAACACAAGCCUAGCUGACCUGACCUGACCUGAACCGGCCUGACCCGGCCUGCGCCGGCAGCCCUGAACACAGACCCAUCAUUUCAUACGCCGUGUUUAUUAAUACACUUUUAUUGAAUUAAUCACCGGCACUUAAUGACUCGCAAAGAGCUUCUAAGCAGCAAACAAAUUAAUAUGACUAUGAGACUUAGACAAUCAGUGAUUUUCUCAGCGGCUACCGCGGUACUGCUUCAUGGUGGGGGGGGGCACCUCUGGCUUUGUUAGAUAACUGCGCUGUUCGGUGCAAUAACAAUAUUACGGUAACAUAAGAGGGGAAGAGGCACCUCGCCACCGUGCUGGACGCGGACACACUCGGGCGUUUCUGUGUAUUCUGCUCGGCCGUAAUAGCAUUUGUAGUCGAGCAGAAGGCCGG